AUUAUUUAAUCUCAAAUUAAUAUGAAGCUGAUCUCUAACUCGACCAACAAGCAUGAAGACUCUGAUAGUGACAAGAAAUCAAGCAAAAGUGGCAAGAGUACUGAAUUCAUGGAUGAUGAUGCUAGAAGAAAUCACAGGCUCAACCAAAACAGGAUCAGUGCAAUGAAAUGUAGGCAAAAGAAGAAGCAGCAGUUUGCUGAGUUGAUGGAGAAGAAAUCUACGUUAGAGAAAGACAACCUUGAACUCAAGGAAAAGUAUGACAGCAUUCAGAAGCAAUUGAAGGAGACCAAGGAGGAAAAUGACGAUCUUAAGAAGAGGCUAGACUUUAUGGAGAAACAACAGGAAAUCCUCUUUAGUAUUGUCAGCGAGUCUAGAAACAACGCUUCACGGAAUAACUACCAGCCACCCGUUGUUCAAACUCAGCCUGCUAAAUUUUCUAAUCCUUUUUCAUUCUUGGGAGCAAAUGUCAAUCACCUUAUGGGAGCCCAUAUGGAUCAAUUUGCCAGUACUGGAUCGGAACAAAAAGUUGGAGCUGUGAACAGCUCCGCUUUCAAGCCUUCCAAGUGUUCAUCACCGAGUGAUGAAAUUAACAAUGGUCUAGCUUCACCAACUCCGCAACUAGCUCAAAUGAGCUCGGUGGGUCUUGGUUUAGACCAAAAUGUCGGGAGCGGCAUCUCUCAGACACAGUUGUUGUCUGGUAUUUGUGCAACUCUCAUGGGUAAGCAGAUGUAAGUCUCUUCCCCGAAUUGUUAUUAGUGUCAAUAUUCUUCA